AUGUCAUCAGCAAACAACUUAAUGCCAGAGGCACCAAGGUGUCCGAACCAUCCUAACACCACGAAAAAGGCAGAGGAUCAGGCUGAAGCAGGACCGAUUGAGCAAAGCAUAGAGAGAAAAAUCAGGAAAGCAUUGAAUCCAACAUUUUUUGAAAUUAGAAACGAUUCUUGGAUACAUGAGCACCAUAAGCCUAUGCAAAAUGCGGAAAACAAAACGGAAUCCCACUUCAACAUGAUUGUGAUUAGUGAGAUUUUCAAAGACUACAGAGGUCUUCCCUCACGGCACCGCCUCAUCUACAAGUUAUUAGAGGACGAGUUGCAAAACAAAGGUGUGCAUGCACUCCAGAUCAAGGCAAAAACCCCGGAGGAGUGGCAGAGGGAAUUGGCAAAGAAAGCACAAAAUUAA